AUGACGCUAAACAAGAGCACUGGUCUAUACACUGUGCCCAGUCAUCACUUGCACGGCGCAGGGCCCACACCACGCCCAUCGUUCAACAGCAUGGACUUCACAAUCAACAGCCCUGAGCCACCCAAACCCAAGUGUGACCAUGAUAGGCCAAGGAAAGACAGCCAAAUCACCAGUACACGGCAAGAAGAUGUCGCUAAGAAGAGAAAGAAGAAGCUCUCCAUGGCUACGCAAGAUGUGCAAGAGAAGAACAGCCGCACACCGGCAGCAUCCACUCCUCUUAUCAAGGUGACACCAGCUACCGCCAGCACCAAAGGCAAGAAGCGCAAGCGUGCGAACGAAGGUCGGGCACCCCAACGCAGAUCAUCAGACCAUGCGGUAUCAUUUGUGGGCGAAAAUAUGAUUCAAAACGUCCAGUCGUCAGUCAAGGCUGCCCGCGAGGUGUUCAGCAAUCCACCUGUCACAGCUCAGCGCGAGGACGAGCCAUCCAAGAAGAAGGCCAAAAAGGACAAGGCGAAUCGCAAGAGCAUCGACACGGUCGACUUCGAUCUUAUCGCCAAAGAGACGCACCACAUCGCCAAGAAGGCAAAAAAGGAAAAGAAGGCCAAACGGCACAGCACUGGCAACGUGCGGGCUCGCCCGCCGAUACCUGUCCCAGUAACUCGCUCUUCGCCUCCCAUUGUCUCUUCGCCACCCAAGAAGACACCUGUGCCGCUUCCACCGAAUGCGUUUUCGCACAGGGCCAAUGCGUCGAAGGUGAAAAGGAUUGGUAGUAGAGACGCGAGCUUUCUCGUUGCGGAGACACCAGAAUCGCAACUCCCAAAGACGCCAGUCAACCUUUCCGACUCACCGAUCCCCUUCAAGCUGACGGAUGCUAUCAAGGCCAAGGGAUCCAAGAAGUCGAAGAAAGUGGUGAAAUUGUCACCUCCUACGCCUGUACUGAGCGAGGCGCCCUCAUCUGCGCCGCCAGCGCUGGACAAGAACCAUAAGCUUCAGCGCAAGCCUGACGGUACGGUCUCAUUGACGGCUUCGAACCUGCUCAAGUACGCCACCACGACGCAGCGGCUGAGCGACGAGGCAAAGCCGCGACCUAGGCCUUUCUCGCGCGCAGCGUCCACUGCCGGGUCGACGACAUCUGCUGGCACGACUCCGAGCAUUAGGGACCUGUUUGCACGCGUGGGCAAGCCAUACUCGCGCUCGGGCGCCGAGACGGACCCGUUCGUAGCACCAGAGGCCAGGAAGAAAGUCCGGCGCGAGACUCACGAAGAGGCCUCCGCCCAGGAGUUCACUGAGCGCUACAAGGCAGCGCAGAAGUCCGUCAACUUCUCAGACGAGCUCGAGUACGUCGCCUCGUUCCUCUCCUGGCGCAAGGCCAACGACGCCGUCGGUCCGCUCCCCUGCCUGGGCAUCAAAGCAAGCGGCUGCAGCACCAAGAAAGAGAACAUCCUGCGCCUGACCCGCUCCGACCCCCUGAACCCGCUCAAAGUAGUCGUCACCACCGAAGCCGACCAGGCCGCGCUGGAAGACGCAAAGCAGCGCGCGCUGAUUGCUGAAACCCUGGUCGCCGCGGCCGUCAAAGCGCGCGUCCCCGUCCCCAUUGGCAAGGUCGAAGGCGUGUGGAAACUCUUCUGCCCGCCUUACUCGGACGCGCACGUCGACAAAUACGGCUACGGCCGGCGCACGCUGAGCAUCUUCUCCAUGGCCGGCUCCGACUCGCCCACGUCGUACACAGCGCGUCUCAGCAUCCCGCCGCGCUCGAUGCUGUACUCGAUUCGCGCGUUCGAAGUGCCGCCGCACGCUGGUUUCCGCUCGACGGUGGUCAGGACGAGCGUCGAGGGGUACAAGAUGGAGGUUGUGUUUCUGGGCAACGGGUAUUUGGUGCUCAGAGUUGACUUGAGGCUCUUGCUUAGCGGCAAGGAGGGUAGGACCAGCGGGGGCAAAGCAGUGGCUAUGGAGUUUGUGGGGGUGCAUGAGAGUGCGGUUGUGUGGGAGGAGAGCGAGGACGAGCUGGAGGUUGUGGGCAGGAAGCUGUUUGCCAAGUACGACGGGAAGGCGUAG